AUGUCAGACAAUGCAGAGAGCUCAAGUGACUGGAACAACAAUGGCUCUGUGAGUGAGAAGACUUACAUGAGACUUGAAAUUGCAAGACUUCAGCAUGAGAUUAAGUGUAUGAAGAUCAGUAGAGAUGAGACUCUUUUCUUGAAGAAUUCAGAAGUCAAAGAGGAAAUUCUUUUAACUACAGAACAGUCUGAAACUGAUGAUAUUCUUAAAGAUAAUGAUCUUGGUGAGAAUGUCAUCAUGAACAUGCAACAUUUCUGA